AUGGCACCCUCAUCAUCCUCCGUCCCACAACAGAGAAAACAGAUACUUAGGUUCACAUCUCACCGUCAUCUCCGACAACGUCUUCUUCUCUCUCUACUCUCUGGGAAAUCAAUCAUAAUAUCCCAGAUCCGACCAGAUGACAUUCACGUAGGAUUGAGAGACUACGAAAUAAAUUUGUUGCGUUUACUCGAGAGGAUAACCAAUGGUAGUACUGUAGAGAUCUCCACCACUGGAACUUCAUUCCUUUUCCAUCCAGGAUUACUCCCCGGUGGUUCGUACAGUCAUACAUGCAGUCUAGGCCGGUCGAUAGGAUACUACCUCGAGGUGUUGGUACCACUGGCACCUUUCUGCAAGAAAGCCUUUGAUAUUAGUCUGUUUGGGAUCACAGGUGAAGAAGGGAGAGAUUUGACUGUCGAUACAAUCCGAACGGUCACCCUCCCUCACUUGCAUAUCUUCGGAAUCACCGAAAACCUAGAACUUCAAAUAAAAAAACGUGGUGCUGCACCUCUAGGAGGUGGACAAGUUAUAUUUCGUUGUCCAGUAGUGAGACAAUUGAAAACUAUUCAAUUUAUCGAUAAAGGGAAAAUCAAAAAGAUUAGAGGAGUAGCUUAUUCUACUCGUGUUUCACCUCAAUUCGCAAAUCGGAUGGUAGAAAGUGCCAGGAGUGUUUUGAACAGAUUUAUACCUGAUAUUUAUUUAUAUACGGAUGUUUAUAAAGGGGAGGAAUCUGGAAAAUCACCAGGUUACGGUCUCACAUUAGUAUCUCAAUCCACGACCUCUGCACUUCAUUCAUUCGAAUCAUUAUCGACCCCACCAUCAGAAAGUAAAACCAUUCAACAAACUCCAGAAGAUAUAGCUUUAUUUUCCGCUAGAGGUUUAUUGGAAGAAAUAAAUAAAGGUGGAUGUGUAGAUGGGAAACAUCAAUGGUUAGUUUUGUUAUUGAUGGCUUUGGGUAAAGAAGAUGUUGGGAAAUGUUUAAUGGGUGAUUUAACUUCACAUACAAUACAGUUCUUAAGGGAUAUGGUCAUUUUUUUCGGCGUGAAAUUCAAACUUACACCUGUUCAAUCUGAUUCAAUUACAGAGAAAACAAGUACUGGAGAAGUCAUGGUGAGUUGUGUAGGGAUAGGUUAUAGUAAUGUGAAUAAAUCCAUGGCAUAG